AUGUUGGCUGCUACGAUAACUAACAUUGAGCUGAGGCAGGUCUCUGAUCCUCGUGAAAGCAGGCCCUUCCCUCAGGCCCGCAGACAACAACCUGCGCGUUUCAUCACCGUAGACAGUGUCCUCCAAUAUGCCUCCGAUGUCCCUUCCGCCCACAACAGAGUGCCUCAACGGCCGCGACCUUCUCGAACGCCCUCCGGCAGGCCCGUCGAUCCCAGACUCACUGGUCGCUAUGUUGGAUCGCACAUGCCAUCUCGGUCCACAAAGACGUCCGAAAAGCUAGUUCUGUUGCCCGAGGCUGUCGAGGAAGAAGAAGAGAAAGGGGACUUUGGGCCCGACGCCGACAAAGGUCCGCCCAGGGAUGAUGAGGAUUAUCGCAAACCUGGCAAGGAAGGUGUUAAAAGCUAUGCAGAGAGGUUGCCCAAGGCGAGGCGUACGGAAAAGGAGCUCCCCAGAGUUACGGCCUAUUGUACAGCUCAAGCAUAUAAGCUGCAGUCUACGGCGACCUUUGUCAGGCAGCGUCAUGGUGCCAGAGCGAAGCUCUAUGAUGACUGCCUGUACUGUGCCUAUCAUCUGCCACUGCUACCAGGAAACGAAGGUUACCGCAUCCGAAGCAGCCCACCAGUCAAGAGCGCCAAAGGCGGAACGGUCCUAGAUGAAGAAAUUGCCCGCAGUGAACAAAGAGACUAUCGAGAACCGUAUUAUGCAGAGGAAGAGGAGCAACAUUCUGUGAGAGGUAACUACACGCCGGACGAGCAACCUGUGGAGUCAAAUCCCAAUGACCCAGCCGACCUGGAACGGCCGCGAAUUAAUGGACAGCGGAGAGAGAGUGACCACUCACAAAGAUCGAACAGUCCAGGCGCCAAUCUUCCUGCCGAUGCAUACCGGUUUGCGGAAAUGUUUGUCUUCACCUAUGGAGUGGUGGUAUUUUGGAAUUUUAGUGAGAAGCAGGAGAAAGAUGUGCUGGCCGACUUUGCCUUUGCCUCGAUUGUUGAUCCGAAGACCAAUAUCGUGUCGCCAAUCACCCUGACAACAAAUGCCUUGGAUGAGGAAGAUUUCGAGACGGAAGACUUCCACUUCGAGUACAACAAUGAGAUUUCGCGGCCACGAGUAUACAACGACAUGAUUACACUCCGCAGCGGCGACCACAUGAUCAAGCUCGCCAUCAGCCAUGCCAUUGCUCAGAGCACUAAGCUAAGCUUCUUUGAAGAAACCAUGGCUGCGCAGAUGGAGGCAGCGAAAGACGUUCCUGGCAAGUUGGCUAAAACGGGAGAACUGGGACUGAAACGGGAAGAAGUCAUCAAGCUGCUCGGAGGCCUAUACAAGAGUCGGGUGGAAGUCAAUUUGUCAUCCAAUGUCCUCGACGUACCCAACCUGAUUUGGGAUAGCGAGCCGACCCUACAUCCGCUGUACAACGCAGUCCGCGAGUAUCUUGAAAUCAAACCGCGGAUCCAGAUCCUCAACGAACGUUGUCGAGUGUUCCUUGACCUGACCGAGGUCUUGUCAGACUACAUUUCCGACGAUAAGAUGUCGCGGAUCAACUGGAUUAUCAUAGUUCUGAUCGUGAUCUCCAUCCUGGUCACAUGCUCGGAAGUGUUCCUACGAUUUGGGAUUCUGAGCACGCGAGGCGAGGACAAGAGUCCUCGGGCAUUGCAGGGGUCAUUGCUUGGCAGCGAGCUUUGA